AUGGAGCCGGUCCCCGAAACGGAGAGGAUGGAGGAGUUUCGAUCAUCACCCCUUCCGAGCUUGCGACUUUCGCCGACUACAGCUCUCGGCGCUCACGAGCCCGACAUUCUCCGGAAACCUCCUACCGUCCGCCGGUCGACAGACCCGCCCUCACCUCCUCCCAUCUCGCCGUCGUGGAUGCCACCCGCGCUUCCCUACCGACCCCGGGCAUCCUCGCCGUUGUCUAGCAGCCACGUCAGAUCACGGUCGGCAGCGAGCCUGGCGCCUCCCAUGGCUCGCACCCAGUCGAUGCCGAGCACGAAUGCCACGGGCCACCUUUUAUACUCGCCCCAUAUCCGCCCGCAGAGCCCCUCGGGCACCCCCAGCCGGAUUCGCCUUCCGCGGAAGCCGGUCGACGAAACAUUCCCUUCCUCGCCAACCCGCAUCUCCAUUUUCGACCAUGAGCGGAAGACGCCAGAGGGGAGCAGCUCGCCCAACCUAGCCAUGGGGAUCACCCCUCUCGCAUCGGUGCCGAAGCUCCGCAGACCGUCGUCCCCUCUCUGCCAGGUUUCCCAUGCCCCAACCACGCCCUCGUCCCUUGCAACCUCGCCCUCGCACCGACCGUACGACUCUCUAUCCGGCGGCAACUACGGAUACUCAGGCACUUACCCGUCCUCUUCUGUGCCCUCGACCCCUACUUCUGCCAGAUCCAGGAGCCCCAGCAUCUCCAGUCUUGAGACUAUACCGGACUCGCCGGAUGCCGAGGAGGCUGCACUGGAAGCUGAGCGAAUUGCCCAGCUAAAGGCUGCCGCUGACGCUGCCGACGCCGGAGACACCAAAGGGAGGAGCAGUUUGGAUGUGCCGAUUCGCGGCCGAACACUGAGCGGUUUCAGUUCGCGCGACAAGCGGAAGCGAUGGAGUGUGUGCGGCGCCGAGAGGAGACAGGAUCUGGAUCUAGAGACGAUCUGGGAGGACUGA